AUGUGGGUCCGGCGAGGGCUUCUGGGAACGUUGCUUUCCGCCUUUCUGGCUGUCGCCGUCGCAUUGAAGGCAGGCCAAGGGGGUACUGCGUCUGUGGCUAUUGCGUGUGGAGCAUUCUUAACAAGCGUACCAACGUUUUCGUGCGUUGGGUGUCUUCCAUGGAGCCAGCCAGCAACCGUUGCUGGAGCAGUCGGCAGUGGCUUCUUUGUUCCUCUUGCGGUAGUCAAUGUUUUCCCAGUCUGGAGAGACGUGACUAACGCAGGCAUUGCCAGCAUUCCGUUUCUCAAGUCGUCUCCAACUGCCAACACAAUUCUGUUUGGCGCGCCUUCCCUGGCUACAAGCACUGGGCUCGCUGGAGACUAA